AAUCCUGAUCUCUCCUCACCUGUCUUCUUCGUCUUUCGCUUCGCGGGAGUACUUGUGCUCGUUCCAAUCGCCGGAGUACUUGUGCUCGUUCCAAUCGCCGGAGUACUUGUGCUCGUUCCAAUCGCCGUCCAUCUUCUCCAACUUCUCAAUUGACGCGCGACCAGGUUAGACCAAGGGGGCGAGUUUGCCGGAAUUCUUACGCCUAUUGGAGUGGGAUUCUUUGCCAAUUGAUUUGAGGUAGGGGUCAAGAUUUGGAUGAGCAACAUGGAGGAUAGUGAAGCGUGAGGCUGGUCGAUGGUUUGUUUUGAAACAUGGGAUAUGAAUCCAGUAGCCCAUUCCAUGAUGGCCAUGAUGAAGAUGAUGAUGAUGAUUACGAGGAUGAUGGUAGUGGCAACCAUCUUUUGGGAUUUAUGUUCGGAAAUGUUGAUUACUCAGGAGAUCUUGAUGUUGAUUACCUUGAUGAGGAUGCAAAGGAGCAUCUAGCUGCAUUGGCCGACAAGCUUGGUCCAUCCUUGACAGAUAUUGAUUUGUCUGUGAAACCGCCACAAGCACAUUCAGAUGCUGCUGAACAAGAUUAUGAUGGCAAGGCAGAAGAUGCCGUGGACUAUGAAGAUAUUGAUGAGCAGUAUGAAGGCCCUGAAGUUCAUACUUCCUCCGAGGAAGACCUUUUACUGCCAAAGAAGGAAUUUUUCUCUAACCAAAUAUCAGCAUCUACUUUCAAUAACAUGGCCUCUGUUUUUGACGAUGAAAACUAUGAUGAGGACGAUAUAGAAGAGGUCCCAGAGCAGGAUGAAUUGGAGAACAGCAAUGAAUACCUGCAGUUUCCUGAAACAGGGAAGUAUAAUCAUGAUAUAAAAUCAGCAUAUGAAAGUGGCGAACUUCCAAUAGAUGUAAUAACACCUUAUUCUGAAGAGUUUGCUAAAGAUGUCCAGCCCGUGGAUUCUCCUGAACUUGUAGAUCUUUAUGAUUUUCAGGAGGACUCUAUUGCUUUUGAAGAGCCAUGUAAUGGUAAAAGGUCCAUGCCUCUACCGAUUCUUUGUAUAGAGGAUGGACUGCCUAUCCUUCGGUUUUCUGAAAUUUUUGGCAUUCAUGAACUCCAAAAGAAGACCGAGAAGAGAGAGCACAAUUAUUUUGUUGCCAAAGAGAAGAACAAUGCGGAAUCUUCAGGAAUUCUUGAAGAAGACGAAGAGGAUAUUUUCAGAGGAUCGUUUAAAGACUUUCCUUGGUUGAGAGUGGCAUGUAUAACGAAAGAAAGUAUUUAUAUGGAUGACGAGCCGGGAUCGUUUCACGAGACUGGAAGAAUAGUUGCAAAAGCUGAUGACAUGAAAAAGGGCUCUUGUUCUGGGUCUGAACCAAUGAAGGUGAAUAUGCCAGUUAACAUAUCUGUGGAAUGGAGUUCAUCUUCUUGUCCCAAGUUCUAUCCGCUUGAUCAACAAGAUUGGGAGGAUAGAAUUAUUUGGGAAAAUUCACCAGUUUCUAGUGCUGAUACGGCCGAGAGUAUUGAGACUUCUGAGAGUAUGGAGACAUCUGGACCCAAUUUUGGUGCAUCUUAUGAUAAAAAGAUGGAAAUGAAGGCUGGCUUCGAAACUUCAAAUUUGAAUCUAGAAGUUGAAUCCCACGCAAGAGAUAAAAAAUCUUUUAUCCACCUUGGAGGUGUUUCUUUUGGGCCGUUUGGUUCAAGAGAAAGUUCAGGAGAAAUAGAUGUUCCCUUACAUAGCAGAAGAUUUCAUCCUCAACUAUUGAGGUUACACUCUCGACCGGAUAGUAAUGACCAAGAUAGCACGAAAUCUGGAGAGGAUUAUAUUGUUCCGGACCGAAUCAGAUCUGGUGCUUUGCAGCGUUUUGAGCAGCUCACAUCACUAAAUGCGGAAGUGCAGGAAGGAUCUUGGUUGGACAACAUAAUAUGGGAACCAGAACAAGUCACCCCAAAACCAAAACUAAUCUAUGAUCUUCAAGACAAACAGAUGCUUUUUGAAGUUCUAGACGAUAAGGACAGCAAACACAUCCAGCUUCAUGCUGGCGCAAUGAUCACUACCAGUUGGGUAAAGGCCAAAGUAGGUGGUUCUGUUGAGUUACUUCUUGGAGGUCCUACAGGGAAUUUUAACAUUGCCAAUGACGAAUUCUAUUCCAAUAGAAAAUCUUCACAGCUAUUAAAAUCACAGUCAAAAAAGCGCACUGCCCAUGUCCUUAAAGUUCUCCAUUCAAUUCCAGCUCUUAGGCUGGAGACCAUGAAGGCAAAGCUAAGCAACAAAGAUAUUUCCAAUUUUCACCGGCCAAGAGCUCUUUGGUAUCCCCAUGACAAUGAGGUUGUGCGCAACGGUCAAUGGAGGCUUUCCACACAAGGAUCCAUGAAAGUUAUAUUGAAAAGUUUGGGUGGCAAGGGAAGUAAACUUCAUGUGGAUUUUGAGGAAACUGUCUCUUCACUUAAGACAAGAGCUUCAAAAAAGCUAGAUUUUAAACUCUCUGAACCAGUAAAAAUAUUCUACUCGGGGAGGGAGCUUGAGGACCAUAAAUCCCUUGCAGAACAAAAUGUUCAGCCAAACUCCUUGCUGCAUCUUGUUCGCACAAAAGUUCAAUUGAUGCCUAGGGCACAAAAGCUUCCGGGUGAGAACAAGUCUUUGCGUCCUCCCGGGGCCUUUAAGAAGAAAUCUGAUCUUUCAGUUAAAGAUGGUCAUGUUUUCCUGAUGGAAUACUGUGAAGAAAGGCCUUUGCUUCUGGGAAAUGUUGGAAUGGGUGCAAGAUUGUGCACCUAUUACCAAAAAUCAACCCCAAAUGAUCAAGCAGGUUCCUUGAUGCGCAAUGAGAACUCCAGAUUGGGGAGUCUCAUCAUACUUGAUCCUGCUGACAAAUCACCUUUCCUGGGUGACAUAAAACCUGGCUCCCGCCAGUCUUCCCUCGAGACGAAUAUGUAUCGAGCACCUAUAUUUCAGCAUAAAGUGUCAUCAACAGAUUAUCUAUUAGUCCGCACUGCAAAAGGAAAGCUUUCCAUCAGGCGCAUUGACAGGAUUGAUGUUGUUGGACAACAGGAGCCUCACAUGGAAGUGAUCUCCCCGGGAUCAAAAGGAGUCCAAUCAUACAUAAUGAACAGGCUAUCUGUGUACAUGUAUCGUAAAUUUCUUGCCGACGAGAAGCGUGGUGUUCACCCUGUUGUCCAUGCAGAUGAGUUGUCUGUGCAAUUUCCAAGCUUUUCAGAGGCCUUCCUUCGGAAAAGGCUUAAAAAUUGUGCUGAUAUGCAGAGAGGAACAAAUGGACAGCUGGUUUGGGUUAUGAAGAGAAGUUUUCGCAUUCCAUCAGAAGAAGAGUUAAGGAGGAUGGUGACCCCUGAAAGUGUUUGUGCAUAUGAAAGCAUGCAAGCUGGUCUCUACAGGCUUAAACGUUUAGGGAUUACCCGGCUAACUAAUCCCUCAGGCCUUUCUGCUGCAAUGAAUCAACUUCCAGAUGAAGCAAUAGCCUUAGCUGCUGCAUCACAUAUUGAGAGGGAACUGCAGAUAACUCCUUGGAACUUGAGCAGCAACUUUGUUUCAUGUACCAACCAGGACAGAGGUAACAUUGAACGUAUGGAAAUUACCGGGGUUGGAGAUCCUUCUGGACGAGGAUUAGGGUUUAGUUAUGUCCGUGCUACUCCUAAGGCACCUGUUUCAAAUACAAUGACAAAGAAAAAAAUGGCUCUUACUAAAGGGUCAACUGUUACUGGAACAGAUGCUGAUCUACGAAGACUGAGCAUGGAAGCUGCACGUGAGGUUCUUCUCAAGUUCAAUGUUCCAGAGGAGCAGAUUGCAAAACAGACUAGGUGGCACAGAAUUGCUAUGAUUAGGAAACUGUCAAGUGAGCAAGCUGCUUCGGGUGUAAAGGUUGAUCCGACCACAAUAAGCAAGUAUGCUCGUGGUCAGCGCAUGUCCUUUUUGCAAUUGCAGCAGCAGACCAGAGAAAAAUGUCAGGAAAUCUGGGAGCGGCAAGUUCAAAAUCUUUCUGUUGUUGAUGUUGAGGAAAACGAGAGUGACACUGAAGCCAACAGUGAUCUAGACUCAUUUGCUGGAGAUCUAGAAAAUCUUCUAGAUGCAGAGGAAUGUGAAGAGGGCGAUGAGGGUGCUUGUGAGUUGAAACAUGAUAAACUAGAUGGUGUCAAAGGACUCAAGAUGAGAAGGCAUCCAUUUCAAGCUCAGUUGGAAGAGGAAAUUGAAGAUGAGGCUGCUGAAGCUGCAGAAUUGUGCAGGAUGCUCAUGGAUGAUGAUGAUGCUAAUCGAAAGAAGAAAAAAAAGGAAAAAUCUGCUGUUGAGCGUGUUGGAUUGAUUCCAGAGGCACGAUCACAGUUUCUUAUGGAAAAUACAGAUCAUGGGAAGUUAAUCUGUAUGGCUCCUAAACAGGUUAUCCAAACCGAUGGAUCAAAUGCAUUUAAAGAGGAUAUAGCUGGGGAGCAGAUAGAGGCUGAUGAUGGAUUACUUGACAAAACAAACUUCUUCAACAAGGUGAAACCAAAGAAAAAAACCGAUCUCUCCGAGCCAGGGUUACUAAAUAAGAAAGUUAAAAUACUCGCUGAUGGAAUUCAGAGUGCCAAGGAGAAAAAGUCUGCCAGAGAGACUUUUAUCUGCGGGGCUUGUGGUCAGGUUGGCCAUAUGAGAACUAACAAGCACUGUCCCAAGUAUGGCGGAGAUGUUGACAUCCUAGAUCCAGAAAUGGCUUUGGUUAAAGGUAAUUCAUCAGAGCAUUUAGAUACACCCCUUCUACAGAAGCCUCUGAAGAUCAUACAAAGAAGUGGAACAAAAAAUGCUGUUGUUGAUGCUCAAGAAGAAAAGACUGGCAGCUCAAAGGCUAAAGUACUUAAGUUUAAAUAUGGUUCAAUGGAUAAAAUUUCUGAUAAACCUACUCCUGCUACCUCCCUGAGUUCUGAUAAACUGGUAACUUCUGAUGGUGAAACCGGAUCCAAGCCGGUGGUGAAGAUCAAUAAGUUGAAGUUUUCUAACUUUAAUAAUCAUAUUGAACCUCCUGAAGAUGGUGCAGGUGGUGAGUUACACAAACCCUCCAUUCUAAUAAAACCACCCAAUGAGGCACACAAGAAAAUCAUAAUCAAACAAUCAAAGGACUCAUAUAACAUGGAUGAUGAAGGAAGUAGUGGGUUCGAACAUAGGAAAAUGAAAAAAAUUGUCGAAUUGUCAUGCUUUGAUAUUCAAACGGAUCAUGAAAGGGUUCAUUACCCCGAAGAGGUAUCGAGGAGGAAAAAUAUGCAGGCUAAGCAUAAUCUUUGGGUAGAGCAAGAAAGGAUGAGAGCUGAGAGGGAGAGAGAAGAGAGAUUUUUGUAUGAGCAACGGCACAAGGCAUUUGAAGAGCAGGAAAGGUUGGCUGAACUUAGAAGAUAUGAAGAUAGUUUAAGGAAAGAGAGGGAAGAAGAAGAGGAGGGCCGAAAGGCAAAAAAGAAGAAAAAACUACUUCAACAUAAACCUUUCCUCCGGAGUAAUUACUUGGAUGAUAUUCCUCUGUGGAAACAACACAAUAGAACGAUGAUGCUGGAUAGAGACAGAACAGCAAAACGUAGGUCCACUGAAGUUGACUUUGGGGGUAGGCAUAGCAUAGACUAUACUCCUUCCUCCAAGCGUAGAAGGCUCGGAGAGGUUGGGCUGUCAAACAUACUGGAGGGCAUUGUUGAGACCUUGAAGGCACGGGAAGUGUCUCGCCUCUUCUUGAGACCAGUGUCCAAGAAGGAAGCCCCAGACUACCUGCAAUACAUAGAUCGCCCUAUGGACCUAUCCACCAUUCGGGACAAGGUUAGGAAAUUGGAGUACAAAAACCGCCACGAUUUCAGGCAUGAUGUGUAUCAGAUUGCCUAUAAUGCACACAAGUACAAUGACAAUCGCAACCCGGGGAUCCCUCCCCUUGCUGAUCAGCUUCUGGAGAUUUGUGACUUCCUGCUGGGGCAGAAUGAUGAUUCCUUGUCUGAAGCAGAGGCCAGUAUAGAUAAAGGGGAUAUGACUCGUCUAACUUAUAGAGAUUGAUUUUGUUUUUUUGUUUUUUUUUUUGGAUUCAAACUACUCUUAUGAGAAGUUGUAAUGUAUAAUAAACAGCUCUAUCUACU